AUGGUCAACACUUUCUGUAAAAGAGUUUCAUCUAUGAUUCCAAGGAUUCUGAAUUGGAGCAACACCAUUGUGACCAAAAAUCCAACUCUUCGAGACUUGAAGGGCAAGAUUUUUGAUUUGCCGUCGAACAAGUUAAAAAUCAAAAACAUAUGUCCUACUAAUGAAGAGAGGCAGAAGCUUCAACUUGAAGGUUUAUUUCUUGAUGAGUCUAUUGAUGACCGUGGUAUAUCGAAGCAAACAUUUGAGAGUGGUUCAUCUUCAAAGAAAUCUGAUUCAGAGGAUAUUGAUUUGAUGAAAUCUAAGUUGGACAUGGUCAUUUCGAAUCAAGCAUCAUUGGCUGAAGACUUCAUAUCCUUGAGGUGUUUUGUUGAUCUUAAUUUCAAGUUUGUAAUGACUGUAAUUAAGGAUAUUCAGCAGAAGGUUAAUGCCAUUCAUCGUCGUCCUUCUGAUGAGGGAAAGUCAUCUGAUGAAUUAGUAACUCAAGAUUCUGAUGAUGAUGAUGAUGAUGAUGAUGCUGAGGAUGAUGAGAAGGAACUGCCUGAUCCUGAAAAUAUUGAUUUCGACUCCGAUAAUGGUGAUGAGUUGGUUAAAGAUGGUGGUGAUGCUGAUGAUGCUGAUAAGGUUGUUAAUGAUGUUCCUCCUUCUGAUGUGAAUCCAUCUGAGGCUGUUAGAGGCAGUGAUGAGAGGGCUAAGGAUGUUGAGAAGCCAAAGGGCAAUGAGUCUGGAUUAAAGGGAGACAAUUUUUUUGAUGGGUUAAGCCAGCUUGAAAUUUAUGAUGAUCAAGUUGUGUUGGCUGGCUUGGAGGCUGUUCUAUUUGUUUUUUUUAGGUCCCCCAACCCAAUCCAGAUGUUGUUGGUCAAAGUCCGGUUGCCACUUCAUACUGAUGAAGAAACUGAGGACACUGUCUCUAAUACACCUCUGUUGGAUAAGAGGAAGCGUGCUCCGGCCUUGAAAUCUCCUUUUGUUGAUUUUGGGUCGGCUGAUGUGGGGAGCACUCCAAUGGAGGUAAUGUCCUCAGGUUCUCAAUCAACUGGGGAUGAUAGGGAUUUUAAAAUGGUUACUUAUGUGAAGGGCCUUUAUGCUCUUAAUGAUUCAUUUGCUGAUCCCGUAUCUCCUGAGAUUGAGGCAAAGUUUGACGCGUGGAUUGGUCAAGGCUUGCUUAAACAUCCUAGGCAUUACAAUUGUUAUGUUGAUGGUGCGAAGAAAUUUUCCCCGGUUUUUAGGUUAAGUGUUGAUUAUGUGGAGGAUAAAACAUGGUUUUAUCAUUUGGCUACUUGCAACAUGUUUAUAAAUGACUCGCAUAUGAACACCAUAUUCUAUUACCUUAGGAGAAAAGGUAAAUAUUGUUCCGUUGUUACAUUGAAUUUUGCAACAACUGAUUAUCUCUUUGAUGAUUCCAUCCAAGCGUUGUACCACAAGUUCAACAAAGCCAAGGCAAUGAAGACUAAGAUAUCGCACAUUCAUGCUACCCACCCAAUAGCGCACUACAUCCGAGGUUUGCGAAUUCCGUGUUCUAAGCCUUGGUAUGAAGUCGAUCAUGUGUUAUUCAUCAUAAAUCUAAGGAGGGAAAGUCAUUGGGUGUUUGGUCGUCUUGACUUGAAUGAUGGGAUUCUGUUUCUGUAUAAUUCUUUGAGGACUGCCAAAAUGAAUGAUGCAGCUAGGAAUGCAAUGAAGGCUUAUUCUGUGUUGCUCCCUUUGUUUUUUGAUCUCCUUGGACUCUGGAAGAAUAGGUCACAUGCUCCUGAUUUAGGUUAUGACCCUACAGCUCCUCUAAGAAUUGUGGAGAUUAGUGUGAUUGUGGAGCAUUUUGUGGCUGCAUUUGCCGAGUUCUUCAUCCAUGGAAAAGAUGUUCCUGCAGAUUUUGACAUCGAAGUUUAUCGUACUUGA